AUGACUACUCGUUUACUACCGAAUAAAAAGUCUCAUCCAAAUUAUCACGUAGAAUCUCUUGAAUUAUUUCAUCUGAUCUGGUUUGAUGAUGGUAACUCAGACAAUAAUAAAAAUGUGGAAGAUAUAUUACGUAGUACUAUCACCCAAUUCACUAGGUUUCAUGAUAUGAUAUUAGGUCGACAAUAUAUUGAAAACAUAUCAGCAGAUUAUAGACUAGUACUCCUGAUUAGUAACCAUCUAAGUAACGAAAUAAUACCGGUGAUUCACAAGCUUCAACAAGUUCCAUUGAUCUACAUUUACAGUGUAAAUGGCAAAGUCAAUGAACAGUGGGUUAAGCAAUUUAGCAAAGUCAAGAUAAUGGUUACUACACUUCAGUACUUCGUUUCUACAAUUCGUCUCAACUUUAGAAUUCAUAAACAAGAAGAAAAAUCAUCAUCAUCGAACAAUAUGUUUACUGCAAGUGCAGGUAACUCAACUCUAGAAGUAGGAGGCGAGUUUGUUUUUCUUCAAACCCUCAUCGAUUGUCUUCUACGAAUGAAGCCCAAUAAACAAGAUAUAAAUGAGUUAAUAUGUGACUUAGAAAAAAAGUACGAAAAUAAUACCACGAUGCUCAACUGUCUUCACAAUUUUCAUGAUACUUAUUCGCGUGAUAAAACAAUUUAUUGGUACAGUAAAGAGUCAUUUUUCUAUGAGACUAUAAAUACUGCAUUACGCCAACAAGAUAUCCAUACGAUGUUUCUUUGGCGUUCAUUUCUUUUCGAUAUGUACCAUCAAUUACGUGAACUCCAAUCGGAGCAAAAUAUAAAAGUCUAUCGAGGUCAAAAUAUUUCCAAGAGAGAGUUAGAAACCCUAAAAAAAAGAAUUGGUAAACUUAUUUCUGUAAACUCGUUUUUGUCAACAAGUAAUGAUCGUACAAUGGCUGCUUUUUUUGCUGAUUCUGGAGCAAAAUCUGAUGAUUUGGUACCUGUGCUAUUUGAAAUUGAGGCUGAUCCUCUCAUGGUAGAUACGAAACCAUUUGCUGACAUUAGUAAGUAUAGUAACUAUCCAGGUGAACAGGAAAUAUUAUUUAUGUUUGGUUCCAUUUUUCGUGUGGUCAAAAUACAUCAGGAGAUCGAACCUGUAUGGAUCAUAGAAAUGAAAUUAUGCGAUGAUGAUGACGAAGAUGUGCAAGAAGUACUUGAAUAUAUGCAAAAGCAGAAUGGAAAAGGUGAAACAAAUCUGCAAACCUUGGCUAAAUUAAUGUGGCAGAUGGGACAUCACGAUCUAGCUAAGAAAUACUAUGUUUAUUUUCUUAAGGACCUUCAGUCCGAUGAUGCACUACAGCUAAGCGUUUAUGAAGAUAUUGCUGCAAUUGAAAGUCAAAAAGGUGAUUAUAAUGGUAGCAUGAAAUGGAAACAAAAGGCACUUGAGUUUGAACGAUUAAAUACAGCAUUGCAUAGUAACAACUCAAGAGUUCCAACGAUUCAUUCAAGCGCUAGAUGGGCUAGAAAAGCAAUUACCGUUGCUGGUGGCCACGGUUUGGGUAAAGAAUUGAAUCAACUAUAUCUUCCAGAAGGACUUGUUGUUGAUGAUGAUAGAACGGUGUACAUUGCUGAUUGGUGGAAUAAUCGCGUUAUGGCAUGGAAACAGAAUGAAAUAGAAGGUCGUAUAGUAGUUGGUGAAAAUAGAGAUGAAUUGGAAGAAUUAUUUCGACCAAGCGAUUUGAUUAUUGAUAAAGAACAGAAUUGUUUUAUUAUUAGUGAUAAUGGAAAACGACGAGUAGUCCGAUUUUUUCGUGAAAAUACUAUCACCUCUGUAGAAACAAUAUUAGACAAUAUUCUUUGUUGGGGACUAACAAUAGAUGAUGAAGGAUCUCUCUACGUUACUGAUAUUGAGAAACAUGCAAUACGACGUUAUAGAAGAGAAGAAAAUAUGACAACAGGAACGAUUGUAGCAGGUGGAAAUAAACGAGGUAAACUUAACAAUCAAUUUAGCACUCCUCUCUAUGUUUUCGUCGAUUCUGAGCAUGCAAUCUACGUAUCGGAUCAUGAAAAUCAUCGUGUAAUGAAAUGGGCGGAAGGUGCUACAGAAGGAAUUCGUGUGGCAGGGGGCCAAAGUGCUGGACAGGAUUUAGCACAUCUAUGGUAUCCUAAUGGGAUAAUUGUCGAUAAAGAAGGCACUAUCUAUAUUGCAGAUUCUCAAAAUCACCGCGUGAUGCGAUGGCGUCAAGGAGAACCUCAAGGCGAGCUUGUUGCCGGGGGACAUGGACAAGGUGAAAACGAUGAGCAACUGAACGAACCAAAGAGUUUAUCUUUUGAUAAUAAUGGUAAUAUGUAUGUCACUGAUAAAAACAACCAUCGUGUUCAACUGUUCAGUAUUCAUUGA